ACCGCCCGCACCCUUCUGCGCUCCUGGUACUAACAAAGCUAAACUCGCGAAAUUAAAUAACAAAUAACAUAAUAAAAAAUAUUAACAGUGCCCAACAUAGCAUGCUUUAAAAACAAAAUGGUCGCAAUCCUGGCCAACCCCAAGUGGAGCGAGGAUCUCACCAUCCAGAUGAUUAUCGAGUACGAGAAGCGCGAAUAUCUCUGGAACCCGGUCUCGGAACACUACAAGAAUAAGAAAAUAAGGGAGCAAGGAUACAUAGAAAUAAUAAAUGCACUGAAUUUGGUUGACGUCACCGUUAAAGAAUUGAAAAAUAAAAUAAAAAAUAUUCGUUCAUCAUACAGCGUUGAGUUGAAGAAGAUUCGCGCGGCGAGGAAGGCUGGCGCGCAUGCGUACAGACCGAGCGUCACGUGGUUCGAACAUGCAGACAGGUUUCUGCGGGCGAUCGUCACACCGAGCUCCGUGGACAACAGUUUAUUGGAGAUCCCGGCGAGCGAUGACAGCGACGUAGUUCAAGACCUCAGUGAGAGAAAAUCGCCGGAAAAGAAAAGUCCGCGAAAGCGACGCAGCUCGACGCGUUCGUCGACACCGUACGUGUUGAAUACGCCGUCCCCCCGACCCGGCACUCCAUUCGGUUUGAGCCAGGGCACGUUUGGCAUCCUCCCGCCGGUAACGUCCGCGCCUUUUCUCAAUCCCCCCGUAGGGAUCGCUACGCCGUUGACUACCUCGCUCGCAACGAUCUACCCGGUACCUACGAAACAAAAGAAAAGUAAUUCAGACAGUGGCGAUCACACGGACUUGCCACAAGAUCUGAGUCAACAUUCCGAGAAUGGUAACGAGAACGAGUUCGAGAUGUUUGGGAAGUUAAUUGCGAGCCAGUUGCGGAAGUUGCCGCUCAGUUUAGCACUGGACACGCAGUUGAAAAUACAGACUUUGGUGAACGCAGCGCGGAUACAAGCUGUUUAUCAGCAAUACAGUUACGCGGGCCCGACUCAAGAAGCCUUGUCCGUACAGGCUCUGUCCAACGGGAUUCUGGCGGGUAUGGCCACACAGAGCUCGUUUGCUUCUCGGUCCUUGGGCUUGGACAACGAUUCUCCCGACGAGAUGAACAGGGAUUUAAAGACUAUCGAAUAUUCUCUAGGUUCGGAAAACGAAGAUUAGAAUUCCAGAAACCAUUUAAAAACCUGUUUGCUCACACACAACCUAAAAGUACCUCAUGAUUCUCUGUUGAGAUAAUUUUGAGAAUAUUGCUCAUUAUUAUACCUUUGUAAAGCGUACGACGCACAAUAAAUAUUGCCGUGACUCUGACUUGGAGAUUGGGUAAAGAAUUAUUGUCACUAUUUAAAUGUAUGUGUUUUAGAUGAAAAUAUUGGUGUGAUCGAUGUACUUGUAGUAGAGUCUUAAUCUGUAAAGAUUUUUGUAUAUGAAGAAAAAUCCAAAAGUAGUAUUUUUCAAAAACUAGUCAUUGAUAUUUCGGUGUAAUGUAGAUCUCGAUGUUUCGGCUGUGUUAUUUUAUUUUACGAGGAAAAGAAAAUGUUACCAUUUUAGAAUAAAAAUCCUUUUUUGAGUUAGUAAUUAGCAACUCCCGAAAUGAAAAAGUUGCCAACAAUAACGAAUUUAUUUUAAUUGUGAUAGGUUUAUAAACUAGAUAUCUGUGUUAUACAUAAAUGUGAUUAUAGAUUAACCGUAAUUCUUCGUCCACUAUCGAAAAAAUCCGGAAAAAGUUACAUUUUUUUCGAAAACUGCUUUUAGCGGGUCUUUUUGGUGGUCCUAAGUAGAAUACGCCCUUAGAAUAAUAUUACAGCAUACGUUUCAUGUUUCAUGAUAUAAUGUGGAAUUAAAUACCUCAAAUAUAAUGUCAGUACAUAUUAGUACAGUUCAUACUUUGGAAUGUUAUA